CACGCAAAUCGCUGACGUCAAGCCGUUUGGUGAAACUACAAUUCCCAGAAGUCUCUGCAUUCCGGCGCUGGACAUUAUCAGUCCCCUGGACAGUGUAUUACGGAGCAUGUUUACGGCUGGGGCGAUAUUUUCUUGCGUGUGUUUAUUUUCGCGAUUCGGUGUGAUCUGUAACGCGACGGUUUGCUGAAUCGCGAUGACAGGAAGUGAAUUAAACCGACUGACUUCUCGCCGUUUCCUGGAUUCACUGGACGAGUCGGAGUGACACCAUCAUCAUCAUCAUCAUAAUUUAAUAAUAAGGCUCUGAAUCCGGUUGAGGUCUCGAGCGCUGCUGGAUGUUUACUGAGUAACGGGUUAUUGGUGCGCGUGAGCGUUAGAGGCGUUACAUUUGCGUCAUUGGCUCAGCAGCCUGUUUGGGCUACAGCUGAGCAGUGACCUCCAUGAGCACUCUCUGCUGCUUUAUGCGCUUCUAGACUCGUUGUUUUGUGAUUACAUGGCGUGUUUUCUGCCUGGACACACCGCUAACAGUUAGCCUUUUGCUGGACGUUUGGCUUUUUUCCCCCUCCCCACUGCUGCACGAGCUAAACCGGCUAGCUGACGUUAGCUAUGUUUUUGCCCGUGACUCACCCAGAGCACUAACGAGAACCUGAAGACUUUACUGGGUUUAGUGGACGUGACUUUUUUUUUUCUCUUUUUUUUUGUAUUUCAUCGCCAUGGUCCUACGAUAAAUAUAUUUAUUUUUUUUAGACCGUGUCAGCUUGUUUGUUUUUCUUGUUUGUUUUUUUUUUAUCUGUAUAAUUUAAUGAGAUUAUAGGCUCCUGUAAGUUCCACUGCAGUACUACAAUAACUGAAAGCUGAAGCUCCCCGGGCUCGGCUUCAUGUUUUUAUGAGUGACAGCUGAAGGUUUACUGGAUCUCUCUGUGAAGACAGAAGCACGGACAAUGAAGAAGUUUUUCGACAGCCGACGGGAAGCGGUGAGUUCCGGGCCCGGUUCGGGAGGCGCCGGGGCCGGAGGAGGCGCAGGAUCCGGAGGAGGAGGCGCCUUCAUCGGCCGCGUUUUCACCAUUGGCCGCUACCAGGUCACCGUGGAGGAAACCGUGGCUGAAGGUGGUUUUGCCAUCGUCUUUCUCGUGCGCACACAUCAAGGUGUCCGCUGUGCCCUGAAGAGGAUGUACGUGAACAACGAGCAUGACCUUCAAGUCUGCAAGAGAGAGAUUCAGAUCAUGAGGGAUCUGGUGGGAAACAAAAAUAUAGUCGGGUACCUGGACUCCAGCAUCACCGCCGUGGGGUCAGGAGACGUCUGGGAAGUUCUGAUAUUAAUGGACUUCUGUAGAGGCGGUCAGGUAGUGAAUCUGAUGAACCAGCGACUGCAGACCGGUUUUAGCGAAUCGGAAGUCCUGCAAAUCUUCUGCGACACGUGUGAAGCAGUCGCACGACUACACCAGCGCAAAAGUCCCAUCGUCCACCGGGAUCUCAAAGUGGAGAACAUUCUGCUGCACGACCGCGGUCAUUACGUCCUGUGCGACUUCGGCAGCGCCACCAACAGGUUCCAGGACCCUCAGGCCGAGGGGGCGGCUGUCGUAGAGGAGGAAAUUAAAAAGUACACCACGCUGUCCUACAGAGCUCCUGAGAUGGUCAAUCUGUACAGCGGGAAAAUCAUUAGCACUAAAGCUGAUAUCUGGGCUCUCGGCUGCUUGUUGUAUAAGUUGUGUUUUUUCACGUUGCCAUUUGGAGAGAGUCAGGUGGCCAUCUGUGACGGCAGCUUCACCAUCCCAGACAACUCGCGCUACUCACACGACCUGCACUGCCUCAUACGUUACAUGCUGGAGCCAGACCCUGACAUAAGGCCCGAUAUCUACCAGGUUUCUCAUUUCGCCUUCAAGCUUGCACGCAAAGACUGUCCAGUACAGAACGUCCACAAUUCUCCGAUUCCUACGAAGCUUCCAGAGCCAAUCAGAGCGAGUGAAGCGGUUGCCAAGAAGAGCCAGACUAAAGCCAGACUCACCGAUCCGAUCCCCACCAUGGAAACCUCCAUAGCGCCACGGCAACGGCCCAAAGCGGGCCAGGCUCAGCCGGUCGCAGGCAUGCUGCCCAUACAGCCCGCCCUCACGCCCCGCAAGAGAGCCACCGCUCCAGCCGGACCUGCACAGCCUCUCAGUGUGAACAUCGCCUCUCAGCCACAGAAGCCUCAGCAGCCUGUUUCUGUAGCUCAGCCGCAAGCCACACCUGCGUCCCUGCAGGCCACGCCCGCUCCUCCUCAAGCCACGCCCCAGCAGGCACAGCUUUUCGUGCAGCCCCAAGCAGCAGGUUUCUACCCUCCUCAGCAGCAGCCGUCACCCCAAGCACAGAACCUCUACCCACCCCAUCGUCAGAGCAUCAGCUCAACAGCACCAUCUACUACAUCUGCACAGGCAAGAAUUAAAGCAAAAGCCCCUCCACCUCCUUCUUCUCCUUCACCCAUACUGAAUGUGCAACACGCUCCUGCACCAGCUCCAGUGCAGGCCAGAAUCAAAGCCAUGGCCCCUGCCCCGCCUGUGCAGUAUUCUCAGACCACACCUGGACACACAAAAAUGAAAGCUAUGGCUCCUGCUCCACCACCAAUCCAGCAGCAGCAGCAGCAGCUGCCAAUGGCUAAUCUUGCUUCUAGCCCUCCGUCUGUUAAAGCCUCUCCUCCAUCACCUCCAGUCCUACAGGGGGCACCAGCUCCUGACAUGAACACUGAGGAGAUGCCGUUUGCAGGCGGGCGCUCGGGCCAUAAAGUGGGCUCUCUGACUCCGCCCUCGUCUCCUAAGGCGGCCCCUCGCGGCGGUCACAGGCGUAUUCUGAGUGACGUCACGCACAGCGCCAUAUUUGGAGUUCCUGUCAGCAAGUCCACUCAGCUACUGCAGGCCGCAGCCGCCGAAGCCAGCCUCAACAAGUCCAAAUCAGCCAGCACCACCCCCUCCGGCUCUCCGCGCUCCUCUCAGCAGAGCGUGUACUCGGCUAGCGAGGUUGGUACUCAGUCCAUCGCUCCUAAGGCAGAAGCUGGGGCACAGCCGUCCUGGAACCCGUUUGGUGAUGACAACUUCUCUAAACUGACAGCUGAAGAGCUGCUUAACAAGGACUUUGCCAAACUGGAUGCAAAAGCACCAGAGAAGUCCUCUACAGAGAACCUGAUUUCAGGGUUACAGCCUGCAGCCCCAAGCAAAGGCUUUCCCCAGUGUACAGAGAAGUUGAUAGAGGGUUUGAAGUCUCCAGAGCCUUCCUCGUCCUCCUCUUCCUCCCUGCUUCUCCCUGACCUCCCUCUGAACGACCCUUUUAGUCCUGCAGACUCCAGUCAUGCCGUGAUGGAUACUCUUAUUCCUGGUCUGGAGUCUCUGCACACCGAUCCGGUGUUGCCAGAUGCCCUGGGUGGAGGGGAGUCUCUCCUCAGCGGUCCCCUGCUCUCUCAUUCCUCAUCAGGAGUUCAGGUGCUGCCGUCUCCAAUGUCCUCCACCCCUGCGCCAUCUUUGGAGCAGUUCGUUCCAGCUGCGGAGGCCAGCGCAAAGCUCCAGCCGGCGCCGGAUCAGAACUCCGACAGCCAGUUUGACCCCAUUCCAAUGCUCAUCUCCAAAACCCCCAGCCAAGGUGGUAGCAACAGUGGCAGCUCAGAGACCAGUCUGCCCAAUCUGGCCUGCUCCCUGCUGCUGGUGGACCAGCUCAUCGACUUGUAGAAGACACACACACACACAGAGAGAGAGAGAGAGAGAUUGAGAGAGACAGAGAGAGGAGGGAGGGAAAGAGGGACAGAAAAAUGCAGGGAAAAUGUGCAAUUCAUAAACAAAGCUAUAGUUUAGAUCAUAAAUGAAACCAUAUAAUACUAAACAGGAUCCUGAAAGAUUGCAUCCUCCUCCUCCUCCUCCUUUUCCUUCUCCUCCUCCCAUGUCUGUCUGUCUGUCUGUCAGUCAUUCACAUUACUUUUCCUCUGUUGCACCGUCAUUUCCUUUUCAAAUCCAUCACGCUGUAUGAGCAUAGAGCAGGACACAAGAGAUAACGCUGAUGUAAAUUUUACAGAUUGUCCGUAAAUCCUUGCAGAAAUACUAGUAAUCAGAUUUUGUGGUAUUUUAUUCAAGAACUGUGGAUCGGACUUCGGCGUCAGGGAUAGGGACAGGAACGUUCAACGUACGAUCCUGACCCCUGAGAUAGCUUUCUCUAGCUACAAACACCCAGAAAAACAUACAGUGACAAGCUGCCACGUAAGGGCUGAACGUAAUUGCAGACGUUUACAUGUUAGGUGUCUCGCUAGGAAGCUCGAGUGCAAUACGAACGUUUACAACUAGGGGGCGAUGUUGCAUGCACCAAGCGACAAACUACAGAACGAUGAACACAGUGUGGCGUAGUGACUAUGAGUAAAAUUGAUAUAGGAAGCAAAGUAAUUUACAUGAUGUAGAACGGGGAAAAUUUCUCUUUAUCUUCCAUUUCUUUCCCCCCUCAUGCUCACCUCGUCUCACUUUGUUCUCACUGUCUAUGAAUACAGAGCGAGUCGAAUCAUAUAAACAAGUCGUACUCCUUUUGCACUGAUUCUGCUUUGGGUUUUGUCCCAGUCCACAGUGCACAAUUAUCCUAACACGCAUCGAGUCCCAGAAGGUGUUGUUCAGGUUUUGGAUGCUAAACAACGCCGAUAAAUUUACGUGCCUCUUCGCCAAAGUGUAAAUCAGCCCUCUGUCUGAUACAUCUACACUGAUCCGCUCCAUUACCUCACGUCUAGACGUUCCCUGAGGCCCCAAAUCCAAUAGGCUGUAUAUAUAUAUAUAUAUACAUACAUACGCUAGAGGUAUUGAGCUCAGGACCAGCUAUAUAAAAUAAAGCGCCGGAUAAACGAGCGAAUGGUGACAGUGGUGACCUUUUAAUGUUUAAUGAUUUAUUUCAGGUUGUGAUGAAUUGCGUAAUGGCACCGUCAUAUGUCCUCUACCUUUUGUCUCCAGCCUUGUAGCUGAUCUAUGAGCAGAAUCUCUGGAUUCUGUUUUUCACAUAUCUCGGUUUGUUAGGAUGUCGGGGUCCGACUGCAGAGGCAGCCGUGAUACAGCGCCCCCCCCUGGAGCAGAAAGGGGUUUGUUUGAACUCCCAACCUUCUGCUCAGUAACCCAGAGCUCCACUACUGCCCCAUGAACUCAAAGCCUGAGUUGAGUCGUAAAAGAGGAUCUGCCACAGAAGAUGAGUCGCCUGAAACACAGAGAAUUCGCGUCACCUGAAAAACAUUUUUUCAGGGAAAGGUUGAUGACGCAAACUAUCCCAAAUCCAUUUGUACAUCACAGAGGAGCCUCAUGCUCCAAAUCUGUGUCUCAGCUGCAAUCAAAACCUCCAAAGAGACUGACCACCGGUCAGAGCCUAAAGCGCUGACCUGAGAGACUUUAUAAUAAAUGUUCUAUAAUAUCAGUUUGCAUGAUUUGGACUCGUAGCACAUUCCAGCCUCGUUCGAGGCACAUCGAUACACAGGAAGUUCCUCUGCUCGGCGCACAUCGCUUUCUGCUUGCUGAUUCAUGUCAUUAAUGGUAAUGAAUUAAUAAUAACAAUGACACGCGCUCCGUGUACGCGCGCCGUGCUUUAACCACAUCGGUGCAUGCGCAGUAUCAGCUCUGGACGUAUCAGCAGUAUUAGCCGUUCCCGAUGUAUUCCCGCUGCUCUGCUGUGUAUGCGCCUCCAGCUUUAAUAUGAUCAGAGAUUAGAAAUUCAGCUCGAUUGCUGUUCUCAGGACGCCUCGUGUGCUCGCGUUAUCAUUAGCCUUUAUUGCCUCUGUGUUCCGCUUCUGAUUUGCUUUAUUGGUUUCUUCUUUCUGUUAAAGCUUGGAUUGCUUUUUGGCUUUCAACUUGAAGUCUGUCACAUUUAUUUAUUUGUUGUUGUUUUUUAUUAGUGUGGGGGAAAAAAAAAGCUGUAUGUACAUAUCCAACAUUUGAAGUCACAAAAAGGCAAGGUUUUUGUCAAUCAUAGCUGUUAUUUCUGUUCUACAUGAACGUACAUCUACACAACCUACAUGACCUUAAUACCACAUUUAUUACAGUGUUAUGAAGUGCUUUUUUUUUUUUUUUCCUACGUCUGAAGAUCUUGAAUCAGGGUUUUUCGUCUUCUCCUUCUCCGUAUGUCGUGAGACGAAUCCCACAGUGGUGGUGUUUUGCUUUGCUGGGGAUCAGUGCUCUGUUAAUCAUUUUAUAUUUUUUCUAAUUUGUCUGCUGGAGACUGAUAACUAGGUGAAGGGAAAACUACAGCUUCAGUUUAAAGGUGCAGUUUGUAAUAUUCCAAUACGAUUUAGACCACAGUGAAGUCAUAUGCUGGUAAUGAAACCUGGGGCAUAUUGUGAUUUGCAGAGUUGCAGUGAAGUGGGCGUGGCUACUUUUGUCUGCUUUGAAAAGUUUGAAUUUGUUUGAUUUUUUUUUUUUCCUGACCCGGAAAUUAGCUCCGCCCCUGCCAGAAUGAUGGAUCUGUUAUACCUCAAAAGAGAUAAAGAGCUUCAGGUGAUGAUUAGUGCAGUUAUCGCUGAUAGUCAGUUGGUGUUAGUGCUGGCUCAACAGUUACAACUACACAGAAGUGUAAGAAAAAACAAACAAACUGCCCCUUUAAAUUAAAAAUAUAAACCACCCCUUCAAAUUAAAAUUACAAACUGCCCCUUUAAAUUGAAAUUACAAACUGCCUCUUAAUUUUAAAAUUACAAACUACCUUUUUAAAUUAAAAUGACAAACUUCCCCUUUAAAUCGAAAUGACAGACUGCCUCUUAAUUUUAAAAUGACAAACUGCCCCUUUAAAUUAAAAUUACAAACUGCCUCUUAAUUUUAAAAUUACAAACUGCCCCUUUAAAUUAAAAAUAUAAACCACCCCUUCAAAUUAAAAUUACAAACUGCCUCUUAAUUUUAAAAUUACAAACUUCCCCUUUAAAUUAAAUUACAGACUGCCUCUUUAAAUUGAAAUUACAAACUUCCGCAUCUAAUUAAAAUACAAUCUGCUCUUUUUAUUUAAAACUACAAACCGCCCCCUUUAAACUAAAAUUACAAAUUGCCCCUUUAAUUUAUAAAUACAAACCAGUUCUUUAAACUAAAAUUACAAACUGCCCCAUUAAAUUAAAAUUAUACAUCGCCCCUUUUAAAUUAACAUUACAGUCUGCCCCUUUUAAAUUAACAUUACAGUCUGCCCCUUUUAAAUUAACAUUACAGUCUGCCCCUUUUAAAUUAACAUUACAGUCUGCCCCUUUAAGUUAAAAUUACAAACUGCCCCUUUACACUCCAGUUCCAAUCGUUUUUAUUCGUCACUUCAUUUUUUUUUUUUAAAAGCUCUGUGGUUUGUUUUUUUUAAAUCCAUUUAUAAAACAGAAAGAGAUCGAGUUUGUAAAGAUCAUCCUUCGUCCUUCUCUUUAGCCGGGGCUUAUGAUGGAAUUGACUUCCUGAGGUCGCUGCCCUGUUUCCAUCGAGCACUAACUGUUUUUCUCUUCACGCUGUAGGAACGGGGCGGAUCGAGUUAUACAGCCGCCCUUUGUACAUUUCUGUAAUCAUAUAAUAAAUAUCACACAGACGAAGGUGGCAGGCUCGAGCGGCGAUUCGGAGAGCAUGCUACCGAGGACAUGUCGCUACAGUUCCAUCAUCAGCUUGUUAUGUCAAGAAUUAUGACAACAUAUGGAAAGCAGCGUGAUACUGAUCACAGGCUGCCGUGUGCAUGCUGAUCUCCUCGCUAAAGCACAAAUCUCUUCCAUCGAGACGUCAGCGCUAGUAACCAACACUUUUCAGUUAAAGUCCGACGUUUUUUGUUUUUCCGUCUCAUUCCGAGGCAGUGUAAAUGUAGUGCUGGUGUAAUCCUAUAGUAAAUGUGUUCAGUCUCCUCGUCCCCCGUCGUACCGUGUGGGUGUAUGCAGGUUGUCACGUAGCUGACCUAUGCAAUACUAUUUGCCCUCUCCCCAUACACACACACACACACACACACACAUCUGCUAAGCAAGUGAUAGUCCAGCGCUUUGCAUUUAGCAGCAUAUAGCUUAUUCCAUCCGGUCAGCAAAACACGACAAACACACCCGCAGGUAUUUUGUCAGUCUGGAUGGCUGGAUGACGUAUCAUCCAUCAGCGUGCUCCUUCUAUUUUUAUGAAAUGAUGAUGAAAUGAAUUCCAAAAGAUUGGGAUGGUGAAUAAACAUGUAAAUGUAAACAGAUGAACAAUAGUGUCUUGUUGUAUUUGUCCUUCGAGUCGAAACGGAGAAAAGAUAAAAGAUCAAAUAUGAUCACAACCCUCACACUACUCUUCUUAAGUCUUUUAACCAGAAGCCCAAAAACUGAAAUUUCCUCAGUUUUCCUGUUUUCUCGUGUUCAGCAUUGAGUGUCUUUGUCAUGUCCCACUCCACAGUGGAGGUUAAUAUGAAGCUCCUAUGAAAGCAGACACAUUUUCAGUUUUUCCCUAGCCUACUAGGGGCAACGUAUUCAUAGAAAAGUUGUUUUCCACACAAAUGUUUCUAUCGUCAAAGUAAAUGGUGAUAUCAAACCCAUUUCUGCUCUCUGAGAUGCCCCGAGUGCUUGUUCGUCUAAAAAAGCAGCUAAAAUUUGAGGCUGUAUCUUAAACCACUAAAAUUCUGGGUAAGGUUAUCCAACAGAGGGGAAAAACACACGUCUAAAACACACUGAAAUCCUGACUCAUUUUAUAUCAGACUCACAGCCUGAACAUCAUUAGUUUGUUUAUACUGAUUUUACAAACAUGUACUGGUAAAAAGAGUUAAGGAAUUUGUCAUAACCCAGCCCUCUAGAGAGAGAAAUCUCACUAUCCUUAUUACUUCAAAUAUUGCUUUAGCAACCCAAAAAAAAAGGCUUUUUAUUCCCCAGCUUGUCCUAAGCUCCCCUUUCACUAACCUUGAUUUAUUUUCUUUUUCCUCUCUUUUCAGUCUUCCUGAAGCUCACAUUUUGCUUUAUCCCUGCUCGAGUUUCCUUAGGUUCCAUAGAAACGCAACAAAAAAAUCAUAUCGUGACCCUGAUAUCACAGGUGAACAUACAGACAGGUGACAAACAUGUAAGGGGAAGAUAGUAAGAUGCUGUGCUACAUCAAGCCACAGGAACAGCUUGGUGUAGAUGAUAAAGCACGUCUUGUUGAAAUCUGCAUGAUUUUUCCGUUAAUUUCUACAGUCGCAAAAUCCUGGAGGGAUUGACGAACCACAUAGAACCCAAUUUCUGUUCAGUUUAACUGAGAGAUGUGAAGAAGAUAAAGGCCAGUGUCUAUAAAUGACAUCAUUUACAUCCUACACAAUUUACUUGAAAAGGGGCGGAGUCAUCCUGGCAAAGACCACGCCUACCAGGAUAGAAACGUUUCAUUGUAAAUCAGCAAGAGAGUUGAUUCGCAGUGAUAUGCAGCCAAACCAGGACGAUAGAUAGAUAGAUAGAUAGAUAGAUAGAUAGAUAGAUAGAUAGAUAGAUAGAUAGAUAGAUAGAUAGAUAGAUAGAUAGAUAGAUACUAUACCACAUAGAUUUGUCACCUGUUCGUAUAAAAGACACGUUAAGUUAUGCUCCUCAGCCACUCAUUUCUCGAGACAUUUUUCCACACAAGGGAUUACGACUGACAAAAGUAACACAAAUUACUUUUAAUAACUUUUAAACUAAAGAUGAUUUGAUCAAAACAGUGCAGAUUUUAUUAACCAUGAGCCACAUUUAUAUCCGUGUGUUCCGUUAUUUAUUAUUUAUCCAUAAGAACUCAAAAAUACUAGCGCAAUUAGGUUGUGUGCAACUCGUAUUCUUUUAGAUAAGAUAAGAAUUUGUCGGUAAAACAAUUGAUUUGGUCAGUAGAAAGGUAAUGUAUUUAGUAUAUUUAUAUUUAUUUUCCCACCCCUCCAUUAUUUUGACAUUUGGUAAUUUUAUUGCGUAAUUUAUUAAUUGAAAUAUUU